CGCCCAGCUCAUCAACAAAAUCGUUGUCGUCAUUACCACCACCACCAUCGUCUUCGCCACCACUAUCUUCAUCACCACCACCACUACCACCAACACAAGUAUUUGUAGCGGGAGCACUAAACCCACCACCAUUGGUAUCGUUACCGCUACCGUUGAGUUCUCCUUUGGAUACGAGGUGGGUACGAAGUAACGUUUUACUAAUGGUCCAGACAGUUUCAUUUAAUCACUUCGUCGUGUAAAUCGUAGAUCAUCAAUAGUCGCGCGUGAAUUUUAGAUCGUGCACGUCGCGUUCGUUUAGAAGAAAAAGAGAGUAGAGGUAUUAGAUAAGAAAAAAGAAGGGAAGAAGAGAAAGAAAUUACAUUUAUAUAUAACGGUCGAACACGCAAUAGAACGUUCAAUUUCUUUCACCAUACCGACGAAUCUCGAGAGCCGGUUCUGUUUCUUUUUUUCUUUCUUUUAUUUCUUUUUCUUUUUUUAACUUUUGUUCUCCCUUUUCUUUUGUUUUUCUUUUGUUCUUCUUUCUUCCAGUUUAUCAGAGCGUUUCAUUCACAAUUGUCGUCAGUAUUCGUUUAGAGAUCGAUCGCUGCGGUGACUUUAACGCUUGGAACGAAAGCUUCCUAGUAAGCUCACGUUUCCUUUUCAUAGUGUUCGAGCCGAUAAAGAUAAAAGAAUUCGAACGGUGUAUGUAACGGUGAUAUCUAGGGAGAAAGGAAUUACACGUCGUCUGUCUCGCCGGAAAUUCACAUCGAAGGAAAAUCUUGGAGAGGAUCGCGGAAAAGUUGUCGAAAGGAACGCGACGAACCGUUUGGUCAUCGGUGAUCCAGGAGAGAAACUUCGUUCUCUCGCUUUCUUCUUCUUUUUCUAUUUAUCUCUUACUCUCUCGCUCUACAACCACGACCCACCCUAUUUUCACUCCGGCUUCUUGUGUAUUACAUAAAGAGGCACAUUUUAUUGGCCAGUUAACAAACCCGCGACCGAGUGCUUACUUAAGUGCGUGUGUAUAUGUCCGCGCGAGUACUCGCGCUUUCAAAUCCACACUUUUCGGAGACGACAAAAGAGCGAGAAAGAAGAACUACUAAAAAACGAAGAAAUCUUUCAUAAAUUUCUGUGGGAGUCAAGGACAAGCAACUGUCGUUUUACCAAGAAAAAAAUAAAAAGUACAAGAAGAAAAAGAAAAAGAAAAAGAAAAAGAAAAAGAAAAAGAAAAAGAAAAAGAAGAAGAAAAAGAAAAAGAAAAAGAAGAAGAAAAAGAAAAAGAAAAAGAAAAAGAAAAAGAAAAAGAAAAAGAAAAAGAAGAAGAAGAAGGAGGAGGAAGAGGAGAAGAAAAGAAAAACGGCCGAGAGUGAAAGUUAUUUUAUUACUCGUUAAAAAUUUCGAUUCACGGUCAGAUCCAUGACCUAAUGUCGUCUGCAAACGUCCUUUAGAUUUAUCUUUUUUUUUCUCAAAGAAGCGCGUGAAAGCGCGCAGAGGUCAUCGUUGUCUCUUUUUAAUCAUUUGCGAGAUUCCAAGUUACUAGAACUGCAUACUUCGGUCAAUCAGAAAGAAAGAAAACACAAAGGAGUAGUAUCUGGAGUCUAAUUCUAAGACAAUUUUUGAUUCAUCAUCUAUCCAAAUAACGUGAUAUUAUGAGCUUUUACAUCUGUCAGACAAAUAAUAUCCAGAAGUAUUCCCUGACACGAUGUUGGGAGAAGUAACAUGACGACGUGCUUUCUAAACGUAACACAUCGUGGAUUAGCUGUAACGCGAUUUCUAGGUAUUGUCCAAUAAACAGAGCACAAAGCAUUCUAUCGUACAUCUAAUACUUGCAUUUACGUGUGAAAUAUCGACAAAUCGUCUUGAAUUACGUUUGCCAAGACUUAUUUUUUUCUUCAUUCAUCGAUCCUUCGACAAGUUCUUUUAUUUAUUCUUUUCUGGAAGGACCGGUUAAGCAAGAUUCGAAUUAAGGAUGAGAUUUAUAACGUCGUUAUUCGGAAAUGGUUCGCCCAAGACUAUGGGAAGGCAAUAUAUGAAAGUUGGAAGAAAUGCACUUCUGGGUAUAAAACCGAAUCAAAAGGAUGGUAUUUGUUCGGAAAAAGUACCAACACCAUUGUCUAUGCUCAUUUCAAGAGGGGGCAAGUUAAAACACAGUAGAAUAGCAGCAAUUUGUUUUGGCCUUCUUGCUCUUAUCAUCGGCAUCGUUCUUAGCAGUAUACCAUGGGUAGAUUACAUUAUUUUGAAGCAAUUACGUUUAUGGAAUGGCUCGCUCUCUUUUCAAUAUUGGCAGAAACCUGGAGUUGUUCGAUUGACCAAAGUCUACAUAUUUAAUAUGACCAAUACCGAAGGCUUUUUACAAUUCAAUGAGAAGCCGAAACUUCAAGAAAUCGGUCCUUUUGUUUAUAGGGAAGAUAUGGAAAAAGUCAACAUAGUUUUUCACAAUAACGGUACUGUGACUUAUCAACAUAAGAAAAUUCUACAUUUCGUUCCUGAAAUGUCCAGAGAUGGAAAGCUCAAAGUAAUGGUUCCUAAUAUUCCACUACUUACACUUUCGACGCAAAGCAAGAGUCUACCUCGAUUUAUCACGAUCGGUUUAUCGAUGUUUCUAAGUGGAAUGCAAAUGAAACCAUUUAUUCCUCUUACUGUUCAAGAACUUGUAUUUGGUUACGAUGAUCCACUCGUUAGUAUAGCGCAUCGAUUUUUUCCGAUAAGUCGGCGUCCUAUGAGUAAAAUGGGAAUUCUAAAUGGCAGAAACGGUACGUUAACUGAGGUAUCGACAAUAUAUACCGGACACACAGAUAUGAAAGUAUUUGGUCUUAUAAAUCGAUUAAAUGGAUUGGAUCAUCUACCUUACUGGCCAGAAGCACCAUGCAAUUCUAUCAUAGCUUCCGAAGGUUCAUUCUUUCCUCCACGAGAUAAAACCGGAUCGGAUAUUGUUCAUAUUUGGGACAAAGACCUCUGCCGUAUUUUACCAUUGCAAUAUCGUGGACCAGUAAAAAAUAGUUCCAUAAAAGCAGAUUUAUAUACGCCACCGGAAAUGGUUUUCGGACUGCCUGAUGAUAAUAAUCCAGAAAAUAAAUGCUUCUGCUCGGAUGAUCUUUCUACUUGUCCAAAAAAAGGAUUACAAAAUAUCAGUCCUUGCCAAUACACUGCACCAGUCUAUAUAUCUUUUCCACAUUUCUAUCAAGCUGAUACGGAACUUUUAGACGCUGUUCUAGGAUUAAAACCAGUUCCAGAAUUACACGAAACUUAUUUUAAAAUACAACCGAAACUCGGUGUACCUAUAGAAGGAAAAGUUCGAGUACAGAUAAAUCUAAAGGUAGAACAACAGCCGAAUAUCGGCGUGGUCGCGAAUUUUCCUGAUAUAGUGUUUCCGAUAAUGUGGCUCGAAGAAGGUAUCGAAGAAUUGACGCCAUCGAUCAGAAGAUGGGUUUAUUUGGCUACAACAUUUGCGGACAUUGCAGUACCAUGUGUCAGUUACGGGUUGAUUCUAGUCGGUUUGAUAACUAUAAUCGUGGUCUUCGUUAAGGCUUACAACAACGUGGUGUUUACACACGAAGCAAUAGAGUUAGGAAAGAGGACUAUUAGAAGAGGAUCGUCCUUCUUAGUAAAUCAACAGCAUCGAUUACUCGUUAAUAAAGACUCCAAUUAUGUUUUAUUAAGUGACGAUAUCGAAGAGAUAUCUACUGACGUAGUUGUAUGAUCGAAACUUUUAGAUAAAGAACGAAACGAAACGAAACAAUAAGGAAUGAAACGGAAUGAUAUGAAAGAAGAAAAUAAUAAAUAAUACCAAUGACAUUAAUAUUAGAUGUUAAGACAUUAUUCCAUAAGACGAAACUACCAUACGUUCGAUAUGUCACACCAAAGUUUCGUAAAGAUUCGUCGGGGAACUAAUAAAACGAACGGUUAAGUGUGCUAUAAAUGUGAUAACACGCAACGCGUUCAUUACUUUCUUCGUUCAAUAAAGGUUUAAAAGUAUAGGUCGCGAGAAACGUCUCGAAAAGAUCGUUUCAUUUUUGUUAUGUCUGUGAUGCCGUCCCUUUAUUUAUAAUCCUCAAAAUAAAAGCUAACGUUAUUUAGGCCACAUCACAUUGGUCGACGAUCGAAACGAACUUGUCUUUUCUCUUAUUCCAUUAAUUAAAUUGUUAUGUUUCUCUUCGUUGACCAGUUGAGAUGCUCUCGGUUAAAAUCUAGUGCAAUAUCAGGAUCAUAUAUUUUAAUAUAUUUUCUAUCAAUGACUACCAAAUUCUAAUGUCGAACAAAUAUAUAUACGUAUAUUGAUGUACUCUUAUUAAAAGAUAUAACAAUUACUGAAAUAUUUCGAAAUAUAUGCGACGUUUUUUGAUUAGCUAAGCUGAUCUAACUACUUAUAGGGAUUAAAGAAAGGUUCUAAUAGCAUUAACGAAUAAAAUAAUAUUUCUAUUAACAUCAUCGUAUAAUUUUGAUAACGAUGAUAUUUUUUUAUUCUUUUUUUACUUCGAUAAUGUUAUAAUUAGUUAUAAAAAAAGGGUGGUGUUUUGUGAGAAUUGCAUAUGUGAAUAUUCGAAUAAUAUUCUUUAACAAUUACAAUUCGUAUUUAGAAUUGUUCGUUAAAUAUAGUAAUUUGUUAUUGUAUUAGAAUAAUAAUUCGAAGAUAUUCGAUUAUUUAAUUUAUAACUUCUUAUCAGUAUUGACUGAUUCUUCACUCUAUUUAGAUUAACUAAAUUAAUUAAAUUAAUGAAAAUUUGUGCUUGGCUUUUAUUUCGAAUUUUUGUGGAGUCAUGAAGAAUUUGAUACAUAUUGUAUUAAUUGAUUAUAAAUCUAUUUUGUUCAAAAAUAAAUAACAACAUUUUAUUU